AUGUGCGGACCAACAUCGUUCGACAGUCGUCUGGGUCUGUUGGCAGGGGUCGAAAACGAACCCGUCGAGGUGACUCCCGUCUUAAAAGAGGGGACAUUGAAUGACAUCUUCAGUGGAAGGGCUGGACACAACCUGGAGCACCUCAGCCGUUGCUUCGAACCGGUCCAGCAGGCCGAUGCCAACUCGAAGACGCUCCUGUCUAUGUGGCAGGAAAUGAAGGACUCAAAGCAGACGCUCAAUCAUCUACGCGACGCCACGUCAACAUACGGUAAAAUGCAUAUCGCUACAGCGAAGACCCAAAAGUGGAUUGGAGAUUGUCUGACAGGGUUUGCCACAUAUUACGAAUGCACAUGCUGGGGUGGGCGCGAGUGUGAUCCAAUGGAGUUCCGUUGGGCUAAGGCCACUUUUCGAGCUAUGGAACUGGUCUCUCUUGUUGCUGGGACGGUCGGAGAUGCGUCUCUUAUCAUCCUGUCGUCCCUAGCCCGUAUGGCCCACACUCCCGUUCCGUUGUUGCAAAAUGCUAACUCGCUUGAAGUCGACGACUGUCGGUUAAAUUAUAUCGCCAAGCUUUCAGACAAGAAUUUUUCCCACAUCCUGAAGGAAUGGAGAUCCAAAGUGGUUGGCUUGUUGCACCAAUCGGUCUGCGUAUCAUGGGACAGGCCUGCACUUCUCCCAGAGGAUAAGAUGAUCCCCCUUUUCAAUCCUGUUGCAUUUGUGGCUUGGUGGUUCGAAGAAACGUACGAACACGUUUGCAAAGAACUCGGUCUUCAGGGGUUCUCCACACUUCCUAGAUCAAUACAUACCAACAUCUCCAUCGCAGACGCAAAAGCUGCCAUCGUGUCAAAUCCUAUCUCAUCUUCCCAGCCUAGCGACUCUGCCGAGCUACAAGCGCCAGAAGGAGGCACGGACCAUGACGACCGAAACCCAGCACAUAGCCCGGUCAUGCCCCGCGGCGCGGACUCACCACCACUAUUUAGCGACAAGGAGCACUGCACAACUAUGCCAGUCACCGCACCAGAUGGCAUUUCUAUGCAGUGUGCCCCUGUUAGUCCUGUGGCAGCCGUAAGAGAUGCAUCGACGACAUGGAGCCCAGGCAUCGGAGACUUAUGCGGCGCUGCUGCAGCUGAUGAGCAAUUCAGCUUCGGUCUUCCGUACACUUCCGGUUGUCAUCCCCAGAACUUGUUCUCCCUAUUCCCGCUAAUUAUGGUGUAG